CAGCGCGCUUUUCCGCGUGAGGAUUUUCAAUAAGGUGACGUCACGCCGGCAGCCAAUCAGCUGCUAGGGGUCGGUCUCUGGAGCUGGCCGUAGUAGGUUAUCAGCCUGAAUCCUCGCACUCCGAGGUCAGGAAGCCAGAUGAGCCCGCAGAGAAGCGCUUGCUCACCGUGACCAGCCCAAGCCAAAAGUCGCUGAGAGGACGAGGAAGACUGUUAUGCAGAAGCAAUGCUGACUGACCUGCACGCAGCCAUGGUACCGAAGCGCGAGCCGGCGAAGUCGGAGGAGCGCAAGCGCACACAGGCGGCGUGUGAGUGCCAAAGCCAAUGCAACAACUGCAAAAUCUUCCUGAGUUUAUUCAUUCUCUCGCUCUCUCUGCACCUCGUCACGCUCUUCUGCUACCUGGAACUGCGCUCGGAGCUCAAACGAGAAAUAUCCCAAAAGAACAAAGAUGAGGUGUCAUCAAUGGAGCCAGUGCAGCACUAUGAAGCCACAGAACCAGUGCUCCGGUUACCGGACACCGACCACCCAACAAUAGACGACCAGAGCAGAUGGACAGAUGAACACACAAGAAGGCUGGAGAGAGUCAUUCAUCGUACCAAACGUUCAGAAACUAAUGGAAAAAAGAAAGGAGAGCGGAAAAAAGGCAAGAAAGGACCCCCUGGCGCUCCUGGACCCCCAGGCCCACCUGGUCCACAAGGUCCACCUGGAAUACCAGGGAUCCCGGGAAUCCCGGGCAGUAACGCAAUGGGUCCCUCUGGCCCACCCGGACCUCCUGGACCCGCAGGGCCACCUGGACCACAAGGUCCACCUGGACCACAGGGACCUUCAGGUGGCGCUGAUAAAGGCAAACACAGAGAGACACAGCCAGCUGUGGUGCAUCUUCAAGGUCAGGAAACUACUAUCCAGGUGAAAGAAGAUUUGUCAGAAGGUGUGUUGAAAAAUUGGAGAAUGAUCUCAAUCCAUCAGAGAGUGUUUAAAAUGCACUCACGCUCUGGAGAGCUGGAAGUCCUUCUCGACGGAACAUAUUUUAUAUAUAGUCAGGUAGAAGUAUACUACCUGAACUUCACGGACAUAGCGAGUUAUGAGGUGAUGGUUGAUAAGACUCCAUUCUUACGCUGCACGCGAAGCAUCGAGACCGGCCAGCGCAAGUUCAACACCUGCUACACCGCGGGGGUGUGUUUGUUGCGAGCCCGCCAGAGGAUCUCCAUCCGCAUGGUGUACGAGGACACCUCCAUCUCCAUGAGCAACCACACCACCUUCCUCGGCAGCAUCCGUCUAGGGGACGCCCCUGCUGCCGGACACACCCCUGCCGCCGGACACUCCUGAGCCCGUACAGGUCGACCCGAUCAGACACACACAUCCCGCUGAUGAGCUCACAGACCACACCCACUGAACUCAACUGAGCCAGUAUGUGUCAUUAGCACCGCCCCAAGGACACAGAGCCACCCAUUUAUGGACGACCGGGCUCAUCUACAUAUCUGCCGAGCAUCAGGCAAAUGUGACUGUGUAGCAUGACCAACACUGACAAAAAGAUCUAAUUCUCUCUGAGCACUGAAACAGUCUCCAUCAUUCCGCAAACACUAGCAGCACAACAUUUACCACAAAUUAUUAAAUCAACAGACUGGCUUCCUGGUGAAUAACCAAGAUGCAUUGUGUAUCAACCAUUCUAGCCAUUUGAGUGGAUGAGCUCAGCGCCCUACAGCUGCUGCGUGUAUGUGGUACCCAGUACACAUAGCACAGGGAGGAAAUGCACCUGCAAUGACUGCAGUGAUUGGAACUGUGACCGAAGUGAUACUCUAUUCAUUCAGUGCACAGUUAGCCGCCCGCUCAAUCCAUAACCGACACACACUUUUAUAGAUUCAACAACACAUAAAUAGGGAACCUGUGUACUUUUCUAUUAAGCACUGAUAAUGGCAAUGUAUAAAACAGAAUAUCUACAGAAUAUUUACAAAUGCAGUCAAGAUACCCAUUUUUUAUAUGAAGUCAUGUGAUUCUGAAAUGUACAGUUUUAUUUUUCUUUGCUGUUUACCUGUGGGAAAAACUGAGUGAUGACAGUAGUUCAGGCACUGAAACUGAUGAUAAUCCAUAAUGUUUUUUUAGUGUCCUAAACAUCAUUCUGAAUAUGCAAUACAAUACCAUAUGCCUCCUGUAGGGGACAGUAGUGCUCCUCUAUAGCAUAUGAAGCACUGAGUCUGCCUGUGUUUGGAAUAGAAUACUGUUGUACUUUGAUUACUUCUGCUACAGUACAUAGAAUGCAUGCUGUACUACUGUGUGUGUGUGUGUGUGUGUGUUUAUAUACAUACACACACACACUACUGUUUAUCCCUCUGGUGCUCUUCGGUCACUUUUGAAUUUUUUUAAAUCACAGCUUCAGCGGAAUGGUAUGAAACUUGGUGAGUUUUAUGGCAUUUGGAAUGUAAACACACACAAAAAUAAGUGGUCGUAAAAAAGUAGUCUCACUUGUGGUCUUUGGUCAAAAAUAACUGACCUUAGGAAAUGAAUGGGAAAUCUAAAAAAAAAUAAAAAAUAAAAAUCAAACCUGCCUCAAUGCUGAAAAUAGUUCACAGCAAUGAUGGGGUGAUAGACUUAAACAUCAAGAGUGCAAAACCAACACAUCCACUCUGUAACCAUAAGCCAAAACAAGUCAGAAAACUGAAAUCAGACUAGACCCAGAAGAAUAAAGCUCUGAUAAAACAUUCCUGUUCAUUUUUGUUACAUUUUUAUAUAAUUUUUAUGUUUUGUGUAACAAAAUGCUUUCUGUGUUCAGGUUUGACUGUAGUAAUAAUAAUAAAAAAAAACUCAUGCUUCAAAUCAACAUUUCAAACCCUCCAAAAAUCUAAACCUUUACAAAAAGUUGUAUUUGAAAAGGUCUAAAUAUAUAUCUAAACCCACAACUUAAUAAAAAAAAGUAUUUAUGUAUUUAAAAACAAUUAGCGAAUUUAUAGGCCUUUUAUAUAGAACUUGGAAUAGUUUUUUUUUUUUUUCUUAUUUUACUCCCACCAGCACUAAUCUGACUUAAUAAAUUGGAUUUAAAAGGCAUUGACUAUUUUAACAUGAAAUACUGCAUUAAUUGAAAAGUAAUAUUAUUAUUUUUUUUCAGUUGAAAGAAAUUGAUCAUAAUUAUUGCAUUAAUUAGUACCAUGAAAUCAUCUCAAAAUAAAAAAAAAUAUUAUGGAACAAAAAUAUGUUAUAUGGAUUUUAUUGGCGGGGUUACAUUUUAGGUGUCCGUCACUUUUGACCAUGAAGAUCACAAGUGUGGCUCCUAAAUGAGGAGCACCAGAGGGUUCAAAGAAGUUUGGGUCAGUAGUAUUUUUUUAAUUUAAGAACACAUUCAAUUGGUUAAAAGUUACAGUAAAGACAUUUACAGUGUUGCAAAAGAUUUCUAUUUCAAAAGAAUGCUGUUCAGUAGCGUAUAUGCUGAAUACUGUAUCCCACAAUACAAAAUCCCACAUAUAUUCCCAUUAAUAUAAACAAUUUUUUUUUUAAAUCCUGUAGAACAUACAAGAAAACUCUUUAACUAGAAUACUACUGAAACAUAGCAUUUAAUAAUCUAUUCUGUUGCACGUAACGGUUAGAGAACUAGUAGGCAGUAUUCAGUAUAUAUUGCACACAGUAUACAGUAAGGAAUAUUCCAUUCCAAACACAUGAGCCAGUCUUUCACUCCAACACAUCCUGAUAAAAAUCACAGUGUCAUGAAUCAACCCUGGAGACUUCUCCAGCGCCCAAGUGACAGCUCAGGAUUGUGGAUCUGAAUGGCUUGUAAAGAAAAACUGAAUUAUGCGAGUGUAGUUUAGUUAAUAAGAAUCAGAUCCUCACAGUGAGAACAAACUGCUUUAUUGUGCGUUCAAAGGUCUUGGAAUAAUAAGAAGCAUGGGAAUUAUCUGGAACCUUGUAAAGAGAGCUGGUAAUCUGCCCUCAGGUUUCCUCUGCAUGUUCCCUCGGUCUCCACAUUGAAAUGUAAAAAAAAAAAAACAGGAGAGUCUGAAUGUGAUUGUGUUCGGAUAGAUUUGUUGUUUAGAACUAUCCCUUUUUCUUCCCUCAAACAUCACAUCCGACCGACAGCUUGUUUGAGUUUUUUAUUCUUGUGUGUGUGUUUGUGUGUGUAUGUGUGUGUGUGAGUUUUAGAUACGAAUGUCUUUGUGGGUAAAUGAUUUGUAUGUAGUCCUGUUUUACUGAAGAAGAUUAUGUAUAUUUGUAAACUAUACAGGGACUGUAUAUAUAUGUACAUAAGAUAUUUUGUUCUUUUGUAAAGUUUUUAAUGUCCUAUUAAAUUGUUUUUGGA